UUUUUAGUAAAAUAAAAACCAAAUAAUAUCGGUUUUUCAAAAUUUAAAACCGAACCUAACCAAAUCCAACCAAAUAAUGGUUUUUUUAAUCGGUUUGGUUCGGAUUGCGGUUCGAUUUGGUUCUAUAACCAUAACCAUGAACAACCCUAAUCACUGUUGUUAACGAUGAAGGGUAUUUGUGGUCCCUUGGGAUAACAUGAAAAUAUUUUUUAUCCCAAAAUGUAACGAAAGGUAUAAGUGAUCUAUUUACAUAGUUUAGGGGAAAUUUUGACCAUUUUCCGAAAUAAUAAUGAUAUUUCUUCUACAAUGUGAUAAGUCUUGUGACAAACUUUUGGAUAUUUACUGACCUAUAUUCCGUAUUAGUGCAUUCAUUUGGAUUUGCUAGCCUUGGACAAUGUAAUCCUUUUUGGGCUAUGAUAGAGAAUUUAUGUUUGUUUUGAGGGUACAUUUUGUGCAAGAAGCUUAAACAAACAAAAUAAUCAAAAGAUAUUGUCAUUUUAUUAAGUAAAAUAGAUGAAGGGUUAUAUAUAUUUAUAUGUUUUUCCAUAUUCCAAGUCAUUUCUGGCCCUUUUCCGUUUUCUCUACAAACCAAACAACACCAAUCCAACCAUUCAUCCUCCUCCUUCUUCACCAAGCAAAUUCCAUAUUCAAGGCCAGCAAGAGAGUUGACGGCAAAAGAGAAGCAGAAACAAAUUCAAAAACCUCUUCUUUUCCAUGGGAAUGUCUUGAUUUAGAAGAAGAUAUUUAUAGUAAAUGGCAGCCAUUUCCACAUGCUUCUUCACAGUCACACCCACCAGGAUUCAAUCCAUCCUAUUCUCUCAAAAACCCUCCUCCCUUGUCCUAAAACCUUCACGAAUACACUCUUUUAAUUCUUGGAAUUUGAGCAAAAAUGGGGGUUUGAGGGAUAGGAGGAGUUCAGUUCAUUUAGUUAGGGCCAGUCUUGAUGUUGAGGUUAAGACUGGAGGGAUUGUGGAGAGUGAUAAGCUGCCGUCUGAUGUACGGAAGCGGGCUAUGGACGCUAUUGAUGUAUUGGGAAAGAGGGUUACAGUUGGGGAUGUUGCUAGUAAAGCUGGUCUACAGUUGAGUGAAGCUCAGAAAGCUUUGCAAGCUCUGGCUGCUGAUACAAAUGGCUUCUUGGAGGUGUCAGAUGAAGGUGAUGUCCUGUAUGUAUUUCCUAAGGAUUAUCGUUCAAAUCUCACAGCUAAAUCAUUUAGGAUGAAGAUUGAGCCUUUGCUGGAGAAAGCAAAGCUUGCAGGUGAAUACUUAGUGAGGGUUUCCUUUGGUACAACACUAAUUGCUUCGAUUGUCAUUGUCUAUACAACCAUAAUUGCUAUCCUCUCUAGUAGAAGUGAAGAAGACAAUCGGGGAAGACGAGGCAGAUCUUAUGACAGCGGUUUCUCAUUUUACUUCAGCCCAACCGAUUUAUUCUGGUAUUGGGAUCCAUACUAUUAUAGGAGACGACGAGUUCGCAAAGAAAGUGGUGGGAUGAACUUCAUUGAAUCUGUUUUCUCCUUUGUAUUUGGUGAUGGUGAUCCAAAUCAAGAGAUUGAAGAGGAGAGGUGGAAGUUGGUAGGGCAGUAUAUAUCAUCAAAUGGUGGCGUUGUUGCUGCUGAAGAACUUGCUCCUUUUCUUGAUGUGGAGACUCCUAAUAAAACGGAUGAUGAGUCAUACAUCCUUCCGGUGCUUUUGCGGUUUGAUGGUCAGCCAGAAGUAGAUGAGGAAGGAAAUAUCCUGUACCGAUUUCCAUCACUUCAGCGUACAGCUGCUCCACAAAGGAGUGGAAGGAAGGAGUAUGUAGGAAAAAGAUGGACUGACUGGGUUGGACAGGUUGAAAGAUUUCUUCAAGAGAAGAAGUGGCAAUUUAGUAAAACAAGCUCAUCGGAAAGGGCAUUGGUCAUUGGAUUGGGUGGGCUCAAUUUGUUUGGAGUCAUUGUUCUUGGUACCAUGUUGAAGAACAUGACAGUCAGUCCAAGUAGCUUCAUCUCAUUUGUGUCAGAGAUAUUUCCGUUACUUCAGAUUUAUGCUGGCUCAUUUUUCACCAUUCCCUUGAUCCGAUGGUUUCUUGUUCAAAAGAGAAAUGGUGAAAUUGAAAGAAGAAAUCGAUCCAGGGAACAAUAUGCACAAGCACUUGAACGACCCGAUGUCUCACUGCGGACGAAGCUUCUGAGUGCCCGGGAUAUGGCACAGAGAACUUUUAUUGGCCAGGAUCGAAUUGUUUACAGUACAGACAAGGACUUAUAUGAGCAAGAUUAUGAUGCACAACAAUGGGAGAAAAAAUUCCGAGAAAUUGAAAAGUCUGAAUAGAUGGUGUUAUUCAAAGGUAAUUUUGUUUUGUAAAGUCUCGAGUUCCAUACACACAGAGACUCCGAUAAAUUAUACCUUUCAUUGCCUCUAGCCACGACAUAAGGCAGGCAAAGCUGCAAGUCCACCAACUGUUAGCCAUUGUGUAUACUCAAUUUGCUGAUAAGAAUUGGAGCAUGUCAAACAGUAGAUUUUGAUGUAAUCAGCAACAUUAAUCCAGGCUUAAGAACUACAAGAUUCAAAGUCUAGUUCAUUAAGAAUGUACUUGAUAUGACAAUCGAUCUGCUACAAAUGCCAGGCUUUUAUAGCAAAAUUAGCCUCGUUGUGACAUAUUUAGUCAGUUAAGAUGUUACUGUGUAUUUUGAAUUUGGAAACAUUUUUUCGAGCACAAUUAUUUGAAUAUUUUCUGAAGAGCA